AUGGCCCCGCCCAAGGCUGCGCUUGACUUUGUUGAUUUUGUCAAUGAUUCUCCUACUCCCUACCAUGCUACCCAGUGCGCCGCCGAACGAUUCGAAGAAGCGGGCUUCAAACUGAUCCGUGAGCGCGAUUCAUGGAGCACGAUCGUCCAACCCGGUGGCAAGUACUACCUGACCCGCAAUGGCUCGUCCAUCGUGGCCUUUGCCGUCGGUCGCAAGUGGCGCCCAGGAAACCCAGUAGGCAUUAUCGGUGCGCAUACCGAUUCUUGCUGCCUGCGCCUCAAGCCCGUCUCCAAGAAGAGCAACGUCGGUUAUCUCCAGAUCGGUGUCGAGGCAUAUGGUGGCGGCAUCUGGCACUCGUGGUUCGACCGUGAUUUGAGUAUCGCUGGCCGAGUCCUGGUCCAGGAGGGAGACAAUUUCGUACAGAAGCUCAUCAAGAUUGACAAGCCCUUGCUGCGCAUUCCCACUCUGGCCAUUCACCUCGAUCGAGAACCCAAGUUUGACCCUAACAAGGAGACUGAGCUGUUCCCAAUUGCCGGCCUGGCUGAGGCCGAGCUAAACAAGAGCUCCGAUGACGGUGCACCCGCGGAAACCGACAAGGACGAGAACUUCAGGCCCCUCAAGAACAUGGCCGAGCGCCACCACCCCGCUGUCCUCGAUGUUAUUGCCAGCGAGCUCAACGCCAAUGUCAGUGACAUUAUCGACUUUGAGUUGGUUCUCUAUGAUACCCAGAAAUCUUGCAUUGGAGGUCUGAAAGACGAGCUCAUUUUCUCCCCCCGCCUGGACAACCUAGGCAUGACUUACUGCUCUGUCAUGGGUCUCAUCUCCUCUGUUAGUAACGACAAAUCUCUGGACGAUGACUCGACUAUCCGCAUGACGGCCUGCUUCGAUCACGAAGAAAUCGGCUCCCAGUCCGCGCAGGGUGCCCAUUCCAACUUGCUGCCGGCCGUCAUCCGGCGUCUUUCCUUGCUACCCAGCGGCCGAGAUAGCUCCAGCGACGGCAGCUACGAGGCUGUGCACCACGAGGGAGAGGAUACCACCGCCUAUGAGCAGGCUCUGUCCCGAUCAUUCCUCGUUUCUGCCGACAUGGCCCACGCCGUUCACCCCAACUAUGCUGGCAAGUACGAGUCCUCGCACCAGCCCGCCAUGAACAAGGGCACUGUGAUUAAAAUCAACGCAAACCAACGGUAUGCCACCAACUCGCCUGGCAUCGUCCUGGUCCAGGAGUGUGCUCGGCUGGCCGGCGUGCCUCUCCAGCUUUUUGUUGUGCGAAACGACUCUCCAUGCGGCAGCACUAUUGGACCCGGCCUGGCGGCCAGGAUGGGUAUGCGGACCCUCGACCUGGGUAACCCGCAGCUGAGCAUGCACAGUAUCCGCGAGACGGGUGGUGCUGCCGAUGUCGAGUUUGCUGUAAAGUUGUUUGAAGCCUUCUUCAAGAGCUACGGGCGUCUGGAGCCCAGGAUUCUGGUGGACUAG